AUGGCGCUAACCCGCAUCGCACAAGCCGAACGACUUCCAGACGAGAUCAAAUCUUUGCAACUACAACAACGAGUUGACCGAAAAUCAAACCUCAAGAGAUUAUUUCCAUUUCUCGACAAUUACGGAAUCCUCAGAGUUGGUGGACGUCUUCGUUUCUCUAAUGAAAGUUAUACGGCCAAGCAUCCCGCUGUUUUACCGGAUCAUCAUCCUUUCACGGAUAUGGUUAUACAGUUCUUCCAUUACCAAAACUUUCAUAGCGGUCCACAGCUAACAUUAUCCGAAAUACGUCAAGAGUUUUGGCCCGUACAUGGUAAGCGUGUCGUCAACGUCGUCCUUCGAAAAUGCAUUCGCUGUUUCCGAACUAAUCCAACGCCUAUCCACCAACCCUUGGGACAGCUACCUGCUGGUCGCGUACGCCCAGGACGACCUUUCUUGAUAACUGGCGUUGAUUACUGUGGAUCGUUUUAUUUGAAGCCAGCACGUCGAAACGCAGUUCCAACAAAAGUAUAUAUUGCGGUGUUCGUCUGCUUCACAACCAAGGCAAUGCACCUUGAGAUUGCUAGUAACUUGUCUACCAAAAGUUUCAUUUCGAUCUUGCGCCGAUUCAUCGGCUACCUUGGAAUGCCAGUCGAGAUACAUUCUGACAACGCCAAGAAUUUCUCUGGAGCCCGUAAUGAACUUAAAGAGCUACACGAAAUGCUGAAUAACCAGACUAGCUGUAAUGCCAUCUGCAACGAACUUUCUCAGAAAGGAAUUGAGUGGAAGUUUAUCCCACCUCGCGCUCCCAACUUCGGAGGGUUAUGGGAAGCUGCCGUUCGCUCCGUGAAAACUGCGUUGAAGAAAGAGAUCGGUCUUCAACAGCUCAGUUACGAUCACUUUACCACCCUGCUAGUUCAGAUAACCGCUACUUUAAACUCACGGCCUUUGUCGCCCCUAUCAGAUGACCCCACGGAAUUUGAAGCGCUAACCCCCGCGCAUUUCCUGAUUGGCUCAGCCAUGAAAGCUUUGCCCGACCCCAAUUUCAUUUCAAAACCCACAAACCGACUUGACCACUACCAGCAAACUCAGCAAAUAUUCCAGCGUUAUUGGCAACGAUGGAGCAAGCAAUACCUCACGCAGCUGCAAGUGGCAACGAAGAACCUGCCAAUGAACACCAUCCAAAUCGGAAGUAUUGCCGUGCUACGAGAGGACAACCUGCCACCGCUUUGUUGGCCUCUAGCGAGGAUCAUUGGAUUACAUCCAGGUUUGGACGGAGUCGUUAGAGUGGUGACGGUGAAAACGGCGACCGGAGUAUACAAACGUGCAGUCAAUCGCAUCUGUCCACUGCCUUUCGAUGAGUAUCAACGAACAAAGACGUCUACGGAACUGCCAACUAUUUGA